AUGGACACUCCAGAAGGCCUUCGUCUGCGUCUGAUGACUUUGUUGUCACUGUACGAUCUUUUGCCGUACUCCAUCUCUAAUCCACCCCAUGGACGUCCACCAUUGUCACUCGAAGAAGCAAUCGGGCCUGACGCUGUUCGUCGAUGCAUGGACGUCAUUACCAGACAUCACCCAAGCACGAUCGCGGCAGAACUGACCAAUAUUCUCAGAAACAGUAAUAAUUCUUCUGCGAGCUCCAGGUCGUCUCGCAGUGGCCAGUCACAUUCUGAAAAUGCGCACUACUAUUCCCAUUCCACUAUCCAGGGUCAGUAUCUACGGAAUGGGCGUUAA